CCUAGCCUAGCUAAACUAUCCCUUCAGAAGCCGAACACGAAUCCUGAUCAGUUAAACGUCUGAGGGAGCCGUUUGUGGCUCAUCACCACGCUUUCAUGUCUCGUUUGUUCCUGGCGCUGUCACCGUCCGUCAGCUGUACUGUCCCCCGCCACACCGCCAGGUAAACACCGGCCAGCCCCAUGAAGACACCGCCGUUGUCCCCUCACACAUGGAGACCAGUUGAAUAACACACAGCAGCAGUGUGGAGACUGAGACACCAUGGAUCUCUCAGCGCCUGCUCCGGUGGCAGCCCUCCUCCACUGACCUCACCUCCUCCUCCUCCCCAUCUCUUCCUCCACCUUUCCCUCUUUCAUCUUUCCCUCUUCCUCCUCACCCCAACCCUUACUACCCCCACAUCUGUGACCCCAGGGUUACCACUCAGCCCCUCCUACAUCAUGGCAGGGGAGAAAGGACCAACUAAGCGAAGCACCAUGGACAUCAAGCGCCUGGCAAGCCUCAUCCAGAGAGGAACAGGCCGCUUACUGGUGAUUGACAGCAGAACCUUUUCUGAGUACAAUGCGUCACACGUGCAAGGUGCGGUCAACGUCUGCUGCUCUAAGUUGGUGAAGAGGCGACUGCAGCAGGACAAGGUGUCUGUCACUGAGCUGCUGCAACCCAAUGGCAAGGUCAAGGUGGAGCUGGGCAGGAAGCAGGAAGUGGUGGUUUAUGACCAGAGUUCCAAAGAAGCAGGGCAUCUGUCCAAAGAUGGCUUUGUGCACAUUCUCAUGGGAAAGUUGGAGGGCACCUUCCACAAAGUGUCCCUGCUCACCGGAGGUUUUGCAGCUUUCUCGUCCUGUUUCCCCGGCCUGUGUGAAGGGAAGCCUGCCACUGCUCUACCUAUGAGCUUGUCCCAGCCCUGCUUGCCUGUGGCUAAUGUAGGGCCCACUCGCAUCCUGCCACACCUCUACCUGGGCUCACAGAAAGACGUCCUCAACAAGGAUCUGAUGGCCCAGAAUGGUAUCACCUAUGUGCUGAAUGCCAGCAACACCUGCCCCAAGCCAGACUUUAUCUGUGAGAGCCACUUCAUGCGCAUCCCAGUAAACGACAACUACUGUGAGAAAUUGCUUCCCUGGCUGGACAAAACGAAUGAAUUCAUAGACAAAGCUAAGGUGUCAAACUGCAGAGUCAUUGUGCACUGCCUGGCUGGAAUCUCGCGUUCAGCAACCAUCGCCAUUGCAUACAUCAUGAAGACAAUGGGCUUGUCAUCAGACGAUGCCUACAGGUUUGUAAAGGACCGAAGACCGUCCAUAUCCCCCAACUUUAACUUCCUCGGUCAGCUGCUGGAGUUUGAGAAGGGCCUGCGAUUACUCCAAGCUUUAACUUCAACCUCUGAUGAUAAGAUCUCUGAAAACAACACCAAGCAAAGCUCAGAGGUUAAUGGAGUCAACACAGGCUUCGAGAUUAACGGUCUCCACAGCAACUAUGACUCAUCUGUGGCAGAGCCACACAUCCCACCAGAACCCAAGCUACCGUCACCCACCUCCCUCCAGCAAGGCUUCAAUGGCCUGCACCUCUCUGCAGAGAGGAUCAUGGACACUAACCGGCUCAAACGCUCCUUCUCCCUGGACAUUAAGUCUGUCUACUCACCCAAUAGUCCCCACUGCCCCAGCCUGGCACCCACACACUCUGAAGACGUCCCCAAGCUGUGCAAACUUGACAGCCCAGGAACAGGCACCUCCAAUGGUGUCUGCUCCCAGUCUCCCGUCCUAGACAGCCCCAGCUCCUCUGAUUCACCAUUCCCCUCACCAGGCAGUGGGGGCAGCAUCGGAGGUUUGGGGCUCGGAGGAAGUGAAGGAGUCCAUAGGUCUAGUUCUUCCUCAUCCAGACCCAGGAGAAAACCCAAGCACAGCUCCAGCAGUUCACCGGUCCACCCCCAUCCACACCAACCUCCACAGUCCCUCUGCUUGUCGCUGGACCACAAGAGCCCCAGCCUGGACGAGAACCUAAAGGGCUCCCUGCUUCUCUCACUACCGUCCCUGCCCACCGUGGGGUCCGGGGCCAUGUGGACCAAACACAGAGACACUGUCCAGGCCACCACUCCUGUCACACCCGUCACCCCCACCACAGAUGCCCCCUGGCACUUUGGGGCAGAGGAGGGCGGUGAGAGAGGGAUGGAGCUGGGCGGAGGAGGGGACGGAGGGGGAGAGGAGUCCUCGGUGAGAUUUGGGAGCAGCUCGGCGUAUGUGGCGUUUGGGUGCAGUGAAGGUGUGCGGUUACGAGACAAAUCCCAGAGGGAGAAGCCCUCGAUGCCACAGAUGCAGAGAGACCACCGGGACUCCACGUCAUCGUCCACAGUAUCCAUGUCCAACAGCUCCAACAACAGCGGGACUGCGUCAGAGAAGCAGUUCAAGCGGCGCAGCUGCCAGAUGGAGUUUGAGGAGGGCAUCGCUGAGACACGGUCUCGAGAAGAACUGGGGAAGAUCGGGAAGCAGUCGAGCUUCUCUGGGAGCAUGGAAAUUAUCGAGGUAUCCUGACAGAUAAUGGACAUGAUCAGAGCUGUCCCUUGGGGGCAAAAAUGGACCUGUUUAGAAGAGGACAUAUGAGGAGAAGCAGAAGAGGGUUUUUUUGUGCCCCCCUCACAGACAGUGUUAAAGACUCCAACUGAGAGAAGGACAAAUAGAUGCAGGGAGAGAGUUAAUGUGAAAAGGUUAGCAAGCGAACUAGCCUUCACACCUGGACAGACAGAGCCCGAGAUGUGGUGCUUAGAAGACCAUAACCAUCCUGAACUUUCAUACGAAUCUGAAGAAAAGUCUAGGGGAGGGUGGGCUACAGGGGGGUAAACUGAAGGUACUGAAACUCUUAAUGUUUCUGAGCUCUGUCACAGAUGAAAAGAAACGACCCAGGCCAAGUUGCAUCCUUAUUAUAUAGAAUACCCCUAUUUUGACAGAGAUCGGACACAAACUGCUUGCCUGUGGUCAAAUGUAGUGUGCUUCAGUGGGUGUAUAGCUUGUGAUUUGAACCAAGCCCUAUGUUUCCUCCCAAAGCUUCACCCCAGUGUCAGAAAGCCUCAGAACCUCGCACGGCAACGUUCCCACUCCCAACCCUUCCUUUCCAGGUGGCUCUGCCUGCUACAGACUCUGCAUUACAACAUCAACAACGAUAACAGACUCCUUUACUGCAGCGUCUCCUCACAUCACUCACAGCACAAGGCAGAGAGAUCCCAAGGACUUAAUCUAAAGGCGGUACUGCAUCCAAACAAUGAAGGAUCCUCAGCAUUUUGUUGAUGAAAAGACUUUGAGUUGAAGACUCUUAGUGAUGGGCAGUCUGCCUCCACCCCCUCACCCCCACCCCUCCAAAGCACAGUGUGUCUUUCCUGACUUUGGCUCCCUUGUUUCCAGUGUUAACAGCAUGAUGGGACUGAGGUUUCGGGAUGGUGAUGAGGGUUCAUUUUAAUAGCCCUUCAGCUCCUUUAUAGACCCCCAACCCCCUCCCACGGCUCCCAGUCACCACUGAGCAUGCACCAGAAAGGCUGACUACAGACAGACAAAUACUAUAUAUACAAUAUGAAUAUAUAUAGCAAUUUUAAUGGACUUCUAAUGGACUUUUUUGUUCAGUUAUAGUUUUAAUUUAUUGUACUGGUUCAUUCUGGUAAUGAGAAAUAAUAUAAUGUUUUGUGGAUUUAUUUCUUU